AUGGGCAACUCCUCAACUUCCGUUUCUCCUAUUCCACCCAGCGAGUCAUCAUCCAAACGCGUCACCGGCUCCAACUGGGGCGACCUCCAUCCCAUCGGCAAUCCCGCCACAGCGGCCUGGAACCUCUGCAUCUCGAGCACAGACGCCGCCAAGCUCCUGUUUGGCUACCAGCCAACGUCGAUGGAAGAUCGCUGGAUGUGUCGUUCGGACGGACCAGACGUGCAGGGCGUCUUGGUGGUCCAUGUGUACCGGAGUUGGACCGGCCACGAGCAGUUUCAAAUCAGGGCAUCAACCCGAGCAGUUUUGGAUGGGCCCGGGCCCGCGGCCGCGGCGGAGAAGGGGGAGGGGGCUGACGUCGGGGCGGACAUUACGGAGAUUAUGUGGGAUCAGGGUAGCGGUCCCGUGCAGGUUGGGGAGGAGGAGGCCAAAGACUUGGUGAUUAUGGUUUUCAGAAGGGUCAUGGGGUGUAAACUUGAGCAGGCGCCUUAG